GAAACAAUCGAGCUCGAGUUGGAUGAGUGGAUAGUUUUUACUAUUUUCCCUCUGGGUUUAGGGAGAGAGAUGGGCUGAGGUCAUUCACGAUCGGACUGUCAUAUUCACCGGUAGCUUGGAUGCCUUUCUGCGCGCCGAAAACUGAAUAAAUAUGCGAGAAAUUAUGGCUUGUAAAUAUUCUCGUUUUAUCCUCACUUUUCGUCAUUGCAUUAUGAUCUUGGAUAUUUUCUUGACUAGUUUUCUCCCCGUUUUGGGGACUGAUGUUUUCCUCGCCGACGGUCCAGCCCCUCACGAAGGACGGGUCGAGAUCGUCUACGACGGCUACCGAGGUUGCGUGUGUGACACCGAGUGGGACAUCCAAGCUGCCGAAGUGGUCUGUCGGCAGCUCGGAUUUACUUCGGCUGUUCGGGCAGGCGUAGGGGAAUACCCUCCUUCUUCGUGUAAGAAAUGUAUGCUGACGAACGUAAAUUGCCGUGGGGACGAAGAGACGUUAUCUAUGUGUUCACAUCGGAAGGCAUCGGGAGUGACUUGCGAUGACGAUGGGCUCUCCAUCGCACACGUGACUUGCUCAACGGAAGGGGUUCGUUUAGUUGGUGGAUCCAGUCCGAACGAGGGCACGGUCCUCGUGUACUACGCCGACGUUUGGGGGUCGGUAUGUGACUCUGGCUGGUCCCUCGCCGAUGCUCAUGUGGUGUGCAAACAACUAGGGUAUCCUCGAGCGAUGUCGUCGAGGUACGACGUUGAUUUUGGUCGUGUCCUUGGCUUGGACAUCGUACUUGACGUCGUGGUGUGUCGUGGUGACGAGAACUGCUUGCACGAAUGCGAGCACACGGCAUGGGGUGUUCAUGAUAGUGAUCACGUAGAGGAGGCAGGCGUUGUGUGCGCUACGGAUCACACAACUGCAGUUGGAUCUAUUCGGCUAUCUGGAGGACUUUACCCAUACACAGGCCGUCUUGAGGUAUUCUUCAUCAAUGAAUGGGGAACGGUUUGUAAUCAAGGUUGGAAUAACAUGGAUUCAGAACAGGUUUGUAACCAGCUCGGUUACCACUACUCGGGUAAAACCGAACCCGACCAAUCUUCGCACGCAGUCAUAUAUGAUGACGCACCUAUACAUCUGUCUCACGUGACCUGUAAUCAAGGCAUCCCAUUGGCUGACUGCCACCACAGUGUCUGGCAGGAAACAGACUGCACACAUGAGCAAGACGUUUUUCUCAUAUGCGAUUAUGAUGGUGGCAACGAAGGAGAAGUUCGUCUCCUCGAUGGUUCAAGGCCUAGCGAAGGCCGAGUCGAAGUCUACCGAGCCGGUCUAUGGGGCACGGUUCUCGCCGAUCAGUGGGACCUCGUCGAUGCUGACGUCGUGUGUAGACAGCUGGGUUAUGAAAGGGCUCUCGAGGCGGUGGUCGACAACCGGUUCGGUCAGGGGACCGGUGGAAUCCCAAUGAGGUCUGUUGACUGUGACGGGUCAGAGGGCCACCUGUUACGCUGCGGAUUUAAAUCGUCACCGCAUGGUGGUGUAUCGGAUAAACGGCAUAGGAUUGAUGCUGGUGUGGUCUGCAAUGAUGAUGGUGUGGAUGGAAGUGAGGGCAUGGUUCGUUUAGUCGGUGGUCGUCGCCCAGGAGAAGGGAGAGUCGAGAUCUACCACAGCGGCAUCUGGGGGACAGUCUGUGACGAUUUCUGGGACAUGAAGGAGGCCGACGUCGUCUGCCGUCAACUCGGAUUCAGCGGGGCCUCCGAACCCAUGAGAGGGGGUGUGUUUGGCAUGGGAAACAGCAGAAUACAUCUGGAUGACGUCAUGUGUGAGGGAACGGAAAAGGAAUUGUUGAAUUGCUCGCACGCGCCGUGGAAUGAGCAUAACUGUUUGCACGGAGAGGACGCGGGCGUCAUUUGCCACUCUUUAGAAGGGGCCAUCCGACUCGUCGACGGGGUCUACCCAAAGGAAGGACGAGUUGAAGUCUACUUGGAAGGUUCUUGGGGCACCGUCUGCGAUCACCACUGGGAUAUCAGUGAUGCCAAUGUGGUCUGCCAGUUUCUUGGCUACCCUGGUGCCGACCGAGCUCCUGGGGGUGCCUUCUACGGUAGAGGAUCUGGACCUAUCAACCUGAAUCGGUUGUUCUGCAAAGGGAGGGAAGGGUCGUUGCUACAGUGCACCCAUUGGCCUGUUGACGAUGACUGUACUCACGAUAAUGAUGCUGGCGUAGUAUGUCUCAGUAACGACGGCUUCCAUCCAUCGGUCAUCGACAUUUGUGGAAUCACGAUCGGAUGCGUUUGUCUUAUCGGUAUCGUCGUUCGAAUCUUCAUUGUCUGCUGGCGGCGCCGACAUCCUACCAACGGUAAUGUUCGUUCUUCGUUUAGCACCUUACAGUUCCUACGAUCCUUGCGGACUCCCACAAGACGUCAGGACGAAACCCGACGGGACAGCGACGAAGACGACAAAUACGUUGCAUUCUAUCCCUUUAUGCCACCACCAUACUCGUCCGUGGAUGAAAAUUCACAUUCGGAGGUACUGGGCAACGGAAGCGGGCGACAGGAAACAUCGUUGAGUGGUCCUCAAAGCCAAAGUGAAUGUCAGGGUCAGGGUCACCUAGACGAGCAUGGAAUGCUCGAGGUAGAAAGUAGUAUGGAACGUCGAUGUGGUUUGCAAAGACUGAGAGACAGGUGUAUUCAGGAUUCUCUCUCGGAAGAGCAAAGCGUCGUCGAUAUCAUGGAUAUAGAGGGACGAACUAAUCACUGCGGCGAAGAACAAACUUCUUCGACACGUCCUUCAAUGUCAUCAUCUUCCUCGCCGCAUCGAUCAACAUCUCCAUCUUCAUCAUCGUCGAGGUCGUCUGACACGGCUCCGCCACCUUAUAAUGACGCACUUCACCACCAGAUCAUUGGUCCGACCCGUUAUGGCGGUGUGCCCAUGGUAGUCUAUGCUUCCAUCGAUGAUUGCGAUGGCCUACGUGAUGGAGCACAAUCUGACAAUACUUUAUUUCUUGAUCAUCAAGGAUCAUAAUGAAAUAAAAGGACUCCGUUUCAUACAACUUGUUGUAAUAACAAAUUUGCAAUAACAGUUGAAAGCUACUGAAAUCCUUUAAAUUGGCUAUAAUGGUAAACUUGUCUUGGAAAUAAUAUUAAGCGUUUGUGUUCAUAACUUUUAUGAAUUAAUGGUGUCCUGACUGGAAUGAAAAAAUAUACCAUAAUCUAACAAUCAAUGAAUAUUAUUUAGAAUGAACAUAUACGUUGGUUGGUGUUACCUUAUGCAUUGUAGUUCAAUAAACCAUAUUAUAGUGUUGCCCCCUAUAAAAAAAAAAUUAAUAUAAUCACUUGCCUACAGAUGUGAGGCUCAGGGGCCAUGGACCCCCCACCCCACUAGCGUACCUACGGGGGGGGGGGCAGGGGGGCACUCUGCCCCCGCUGACGAGCCACAACCCAUACAAAAUACAUAUCACUGCCCCCCCUGACGAGCAUGAAAUACCUUUUAUGCCCCCCCUGACGAGCUUGAAGACCUUUUUUUUUGGCGGCCGAUUUUGCCCCCCCUGUGGAAAAUCCUAGGUACGCCACUGCCCCACCCCCGAAAAAAUAAACAAUUAAGAUCAAUAGGAGAAAAAUAAAGAAAAUGAAACGAAAAAGUGUUAAGUAUGAUAUUAUAUUCUGAAUAGGCCUAUUAAGUCAAAAUCUAUCAAAACAAUAUAUUUUUGUAUUAAAAAUGUAAAUUGUGGGCUCGCUCGCUUUACUUAUUUGCAGUUCUUUUUUUAUAUAUCAAUUUUGCCCCAUAAGCAAAAAAGGCCACAUUUUCCCGACCGGGCGCUGAAAGCUGACUUUUGAUUUUUUUUUUUGGCGGGGGGUCCUAACUAAAGACUGAAGUUUUAAAUACAUUUAACUUUACUCUUACAAAUAUCUCAUUGCGCCUUUGAUAAUGCGAUCGAGCCUAGCGCGAAGCGCGAGCUCAAGUUUUUAUUUCAUGUAUUCAAACCAUGAUAAUAUUCUGCGACAUUAAUAUAGCGCAUAUAGAGCUGCAUCGAUACUAUUACGCCGACUUAGCACGGCUAUCCUGAUCGGACCAUGAACAGCAUCUAACUAGUCCAAUGUAGUCAGUCGAUAUAGUAGCGCGAUUAAGCGAGAGCUGAAACUUUUAAUACACUGACCUGAAAAGUGACCUCUCAGCAUCAGUUGCAGUGACCAAUGAAGAGGAUGCAUAACUCACCUAUCAAAUAAUGCAAGUGCGAAGAGAAACCUUUUUAUAUUCCGACCUGAAAACUUGUCAUUCUAAGCACCUUUUUGUAAAUGUUACCUAAUGAAUUUUUAUGUAUCGGAAAUACAUAUAUUCAUAAUCAAAAUUAGCGUUGUCAAUCGUUGAUGAUAAAAAAAGAAAAUAAUACUAGUAGCCGAAUUUCACUAAUGUGAGAUUCUAAAUUCAAUGGAGUUGAGACUGAGAAGUUUACUGAAAUAAAAUUUGGUGUUUGUUAAAUGAGGGAUUAUAUUUAAUCUCGC